AUGUCACUCAACGCCAGCCAGCUGGGCCUGACGCCCGCUGCCACCGGCUCUGACCAGAUGAUGCGUGCACCACUGCGUGAGGCGCCGCACAGGGCAGACCUUGACCCGCUUGCAGUAGCAGGGAACCAGGCGCCAACGAAGCGGAGCGGAGCAGCUCCAGGCAAGCGGACGGCAUGA